AAAAACAACUAUUCCAACUACCCAUCUGACUUGCAUGUACUGUUCACGAUGAUACCCGAGUACAAGCAACUUCUUGAAGAGAACAUAUCCACUCUCUACAAAAUUUUACCGCCGCAGCAGGUUACGAAAGAUUCUGCACAAAUGUCGUGCACUAAAAAAGAAACUGGCUGUUGUGAAGUAACAGAAAGAGAUCCAGAGAUCGAGUCAAAGGAGGACCUUAAGGAGACACAGCCUAGCCCAUGCAUUACAGAAGCAGUUGCUCCAACUUCAAAAAAGGAAAUGAGCGUGGAUGAGAUUUCUCCCUGUUCUUCGAGACCGCCGAGCGAUAUUGUUCCUCAAUCUCCUGAAGCUACUGAUGAUGAAAAUGAAAUGGAAAUCACUCUGCAUGCAAAUUUUGAAUCUUUUCCAAAGGAACUCGACGCACGUAAUGCACAGUCUUCAAGUGCAAUUGCAAAUGGUUUAUCUCACAUGGUUUUAAGUGUCUCACGAAUGAGCUGCAUCGAAGAUGAAGGUCUGGUGCGCGAUUUUCUGUCAAUGUUUCCAAAUGUUCAAUUUAGUGAGGAAGUUAAUUCCGAAUCAACUCAUCUGGUCAUGAUGAAUUCGCGUAGCGAAUUUCAUAAGGAACGCGUACUCAUGUAA